CCUCUAUCGGAUGAUAUUGGCGCUGCUCUGACUGUAGACCUCAGGUGAGACACCUGGGACUGCUGCAGGUGACACUCGCUGUACACCUGAACGAACAACACAUUAGAAAUCUGUUAUGUCAAACUGGCUAAGGGACGGUCUGGUGUUGGAAGGGACAGGCAGUGGUCCGAUGUCCCCCAACCCCAGACGCCGGAGUCCCUUGCCGGGUCGUAUGGCGAGGUUACAGUCACCCAGCAGCCCCGGCCACAGGGCGCCCUCUCCUGCCCGUGACAGUAUGAGCAAAGCCAAAGAGUUGUUUGAGCUCUGCGAUAAAGAAGGAAAAGGGUUCAUCACAAAGAGAGACAUGCAGAGGUUACAGACCGAACUGCCUCUCUCUUCGGAGCAGUUGGAGUCUGUGUUCGACGGUCUGGACAGAGGGAGAAAUGGAUUCCUGACACCCCUCGAAUUUCACACAGGGUUAGGAGAGCUUUUUGGUCUUGAGCCAGAGGAGCGAACGAGGAGCGGUGAGGAAGAGAGAGUUGAGGAGGAGCGCUUUGAACCUGCAGAGAUCAAAUUCACACAAAUCCUCAUAGAGCUGGGAGCUGAUAAACUCUUCAGAGAUCAGAGGGAGUUGUGCAGUCUUUGGUGUGAGCUCCGGCGAGACAAACCUGAGCUCUUGAGCGCGCUGGAAGAGGUCCUGUCCUACACAGUGUCUCAUCUUCAGGACGCCCUCAAAGAGAGAGACAACCUAGAGCAGACACUACGCAGGAGAGAAGAAGACCAUGACCAAGUGGUUCGGUCAAUGUUUGAAGACAUGGAGAGUCAGUUAAAAGAGGAGAGAGAGAAACGACAAGCACUGGACAGUGUAAGGGAGGGAGACAUAAAAGAGCAUCUACUUCAGGAACUGAGGACAAGAGAACAGGAACUGGAGUUCACCCUCACCAAACAGAGAGAGCUGGAGAGUAGGAUCAGCGCUUUGACUAGCGAUCAGGUCGACAUUCGUAUUCAGAACCGCAAACUGCAGCACAUCAACCAGGAGCUUCAGGAGCAGCUCGAUGAGAGCCGUGAGGAGCUACAGCAGGCUCUGAAUCAACUACAGCAACUGCAGAGCAACAUCAAACACCAGGAGAAGGGCAAAGAAAGAGAAGUCCUAAAAGUUUCCCGAAACAUGCAGAAGGAGCGGGAAAGUCUCAUAAAACAGCUUGAACUGCUCAGGGAUAUGAACAAGCGUCUUCGGGAUGAUAAAGACGUCCACCAGGCUCAGAAGAUGAUAGACGAAGUGAUGAAACCUUCACAGAGGAGAGAAUCAAUACUAGGAAACUAUUUACAACCAAGAAAAUCUACAAAGAGACAUCUGACGACAAUCUCUAUGGAUGAGCUCGACGAGGACUCUGACAGCUCACUAUCAAAUUCACGUCCAAAAAGACUUUCGACAGCCGAAGAUACAGAAGAAGAAACUUACAAUACUGACAAUCAGUCCGAAAAAAUCACGGGGGUGGUGUGUGACCCACAGCGUGUGUUUAAGGUUGUGUUUUUGGGGAAUUCAGGAGUAGGAAAGAGUUCAUUCAUCCAGCAUUAUACCAGAGGUCAAUUCCCCAACAACAUGGCUUCAACUGUAGGGAUGGAUUUCCAGGUGAAGACUGUGAUGCUGGACUCAACACCUGUCGCUCUGCAGCUGUGGGACACCGCAGGACAAGAAAGAUUCCACAGCAUCACGCAGCAGUACUUUCGCAAGGCGGAUGGAAUCGUUGCCAUGUAUGAUGUCACCCAGGAGACGACUUUCACGGCUGUCCGCCAUUGGCUGGACCAAGUGCAGGAAAAGAUGGCAGAGGAGGCGUGUCUAAUGUUGCUAGGCAAUAAGACAGACCUGGCCACCCAUGAUACGAGACAGGUGACCAGACCACAGGGCAAGAAGUUGGCAGAGCAGUACCAGGCCCAGUUCUUUGAGUGCAGUGCUAAAAACAAACAGCAGGUGGAGGAGGCCAUGGUUCACCUGACAAGGUUUCUCGCCUUGCAACAAGAUAAGCAGUGCGAGUCAGCGCUUCAACUGGAAACCUCAACCAACAGAGGGCGCUGCUGCAAAUAAAACAACACAUUUAUAUGAAUCAUGUCUGACGUCACAUUAAUGAACUCUCCUGUAAAAUUAUUAAACACCAGAAGAAUCAUAGGUUUUUUAUUAAUUCAUGCUGUAGCUGGUAACCUUACACAUCCUUUUUAUAUACCAAAAAUUAUAAAGGCCACAUUAGUAUUUUA